AUGCCCAAAUCAUUGAAACAACACAGCGGCAACCAAAACUCAAAAGUACAAGAUCCCGAAACCGGCUUACAGGUCGGAUCCAAGGUUUAUUGUUUAUGGGCUAGAGACAAUGAGUACCACCAAUGCGAAAUUGUGGAGAUCAAGUUGGAUGUUAGUCCAGUGCAAUUUUAUGUCCACUAUAUUGACUUCGAUAGAAGACUUGAUGAGUGGGUAACUGCUGAACGCUUUAAUUUGGACGAAGAUGACGAAAACAUCAAAAGAGAUAGUGAAGAUGAAAACAAAGUGGAACGUAAACUUACAAGAAAUAUGAAACGUCACUAUAACGAAAUACACAACAUUUCUAAUGAUCAUGAUCUUGACAAUGACCCUGUUCAAGCAGCACUUGAGAAGGAACAUGAAGAAUUUACAAAAGUGAAAAAUAUUCAGAGAAUACAAUUUGGAAAAUAUGAAAUUGAAACAUGGUACUUUUCUCCAUAUCCUGAAGAAUAUUCCCAUAUUGAUAAAUUAUAUAUUUGUGAAUUCUCACUCAAGUAUAUGAAAAACAGAAGAACGUACGAAAGACAUCGCGACAAAUGUACAACGAAACACCCACCAGGAGAUGAAAUUUAUAGAAAUGGUUCUCUAAGCUUUUUUGAAGUUGAUGGAGAGAAGCAAAAAAUAUAUUGUCAGAAUUUGUGUCUACUCGCCAAGCUAUUCCUCGAUCACAAGACUCUUUAUUUCGAUGUGGAGCCAUUUUUGUUUUAUAUUCUUUGUGAAUGUGAUGAAGAAGGAUGUCACAUGGUUGGUUAUUUUUCAAAAGAGAAACAAAGCGCUGAGGGCAAUAACUUGGCAUGUAUUUUGACUCUUCCACCCCACCAAAAGAAGGGAUACGGUAAACUGUUAAUCGGCUUUUCUUACGAGCUCUCCAAGAUAGAAGGAAAAGAAGGAACUCCAGAAAGACCCUUAUCAGAUCUAGGUAAAAUCAGCUAUCGCAGCUAUUGGAAACAUGUACUUCUUGAUAUUUUGCAGAAUCCUGCGAAUAAGGCCUUAUCCGUCAAAGACAUUGGUAAGAUGACAGCCAUCAAAUAUGAAGAUAUCACUGCCACUUUACAAUAUCUUGGUUUGCUCAAAUAUUGGAAAGGUCAACACAUUAUAGCAGCAAAUCCUAAGGUCAUUGAGGAGCACUUGGAGAAGAGGAAGAAAAAGGAUGAAGUCACCAUCGAUCCAAGCAAAAUUCAUUGGGCUCCUUACCCAAUCUCUAACAACUAG